UUUGUCACACAAAUUUGACAUAACCAAACAAUAGCAAGACAGCUUCGGUUCGCAGUGAAAAUAAUUGUGCGGUGAACAUUUUCCUGGCAAAUUUUUGCUACAAACAGUUUUAUUCUACUUUCAUAGUUUACAUUUCUUUUCCUUCUCAGUUAUAUUCUGGCCGGAAAACGCUAGGAAAUCACCGCACAUCUGACGCGCCAAGCAUUUCACCAUGGAAGCCAACGGCGAGCCAGUCGCCGAAAAUUCGGCUGAAAAUACGCAACCAAACGAUGAUGCUACGCAGCAAGCCGAGACGAACGCUGCGAGCGUUGAUGCUGCCGCCGUAUCAAAACCAAACGAAACAGACAUUAGCGAAUCGGAGGGAAACAAACAAGUGGCAGAAACAACAGAAGAUACCAAGGAAGCCGCCGCCAGUGCUGAUAUCGACGUGAAAGCACAAUCGCCUGCUUUGAUGCGCAGCCGUAGCGGCUCGCGGAAUAGUCACACAUCGCAACAAGACCAUCAACGUGAUGGCCGGGAACGUAGCGGAUCGGAAAUGAGCGAAAACAAAUCACGAAAGAGCCGCAGCACAUCACGCCAGAGCCGUCAGGCGCGUUCCCGUAACCGUAGCACGUCAAGCGUUAGCCGAAGCCACAGCCGUUCCGGAAGUCGCAACUCAUCGCAUCGAAGUGGCAGUCGACGCGUCCGCACACCUUCGCGUUCGCGUUCUCGUUCCGGGUCUGGUUCUCGGUCUCGCUCCCGUUCCCGCUCCCGCUCCCGUUCGCAAUCACGUUCCCGUUCCCGUUCCGGUUCUGGUUCACGGUCCCGUUCACGAUCCGGAUCCGCUUCUCGUUCACGUUCCCGAUCUGGAUCGGGUUCGCGUUCCCGUUCCCGGUCACGGUCACGUUCCCGUGCCCGUUCACGUUCCGGGUCCGCAUCGAGCUCACGCUCGCGCUCUUCGAAAUCCAAAUCCGGAAGCCGAAGCGUUAGUCGUAGCGUGAGCCGUAGCGUUAGUCGCAGCCGAAGCCGCGAUAGCUCGCGCUCUGUAUCGCGCAGCAAGAGCCCGUCCAUGGCGACGGGCGGUGGGAAUCGCAGCGACGGUGAAGAUGCUGCCGGACCGAGUACUUCUGCCGGUGGGAAACACAUCAAGCAACCGAAGCGUAUAAUCGAUUCUGACGAUGAAGACAAUGAUGAGGAUGGUGGGGCGCGUGACGGUGAUAAGCUACAGGACGAUCCAGAUGAGGUUGGUUCGGUUGCGGAGGAUGCGGACCCUUCACACAAGGGUGGCAAACAGGCCAUCAUUGAUUCGGAUGAUGACGGUCUCAAAGACGAUGGUUCAGAAAGGGGCCAGUUUAUGUCCGACUUCGACAUUAUGAUGGCGCGCAAGAAGGAGGAAAAAUCACGGCGCCGCAAACGUAACGAUAUUGACUUGAUCAAUGAUAAUGAUGAUCUGAUUGCGCAGCUGCUACAGCAGAUGCGUCAGGCGGCAGACCAUGAUCGGCAAUUGAACAUGGAAAGCAAACCGGCCACGAAGAAAAUCGCAAUGCUGAAGUACGUUAUGUCGCAGCUUAUCAAGAAGGACUUGCAGCUGGCAUUCCUCGAGCACAAUGUGCUGAAUGUGCUGACCGACUGGAUUGCACCGCUGCCCAACAAAGCACUACCGUGCCUGCAAAUACGCGAAAGCAUCCUGAAGCUGCUGGCAGAUUUUCCUACCAUCGAUAAAUCCUACUUGAAGCAGUCUGGAAUUGGAAAGGCGGUUAUGUAUCUGUAUAAGCACCCGAACGAAACGAAGGCCAACCGCGAACGGGCCGGUCGACUGAUAAAUGACUGGUCGCGUCCAAUCUUUAACCUUAGCACGGACUUUAAGGCAAUGUCGCGCGAGGAACGUCAGCAGCGCGACCUGCUGCAAAUGCCACGCAAACGGAAACCAUCGCCGGAUUCCGCUUCCUCGACCAACAAGAACCAGAAGGGUUUGCCGUUCACCGAAGCGGAAAAAGGUGCUCUUCGACCGGGUGAUAAAGGGUGGGUACAGCGCGCUAGAGUUCCAAUGCCAUCCGACAAAGAAUACAUCGUACGACCAAAAUCGAAAAUCGACGUCGAAAUGAGCAGUAUUGCGAAGAAAAAGCUGAACCGCUACGAAAAACAUCUAAAGAAAUUCAUCGACCAAAAGAGACUGAACUCGACGCGCCGCGCGGUAGACAUUUCCAUCGAAGGGCGUAAAAUGGCACUCUAGGCUCUGUAGGGCUAUUUGAUUACCGUUGCAGCUCCGAUUUUUUUUUCUUCCUGUUUUUAUUGUUUUGCUUCGUAUACACAUUCGGUGUAUUGUUAUCAACACACGUUACAGGAAUUUAACUUACUUUUAUUUUUGAUAUCAACAAUUUAGCGCAUUAGCGAAAAAAAUACAGAUCUAUGUUCCUAAAACCCUUUUCUCUUGAUUAGCGGCGGAAAGCAAUGUUAACUUUUUAAAAAUACCUGUGCUUGAGGAAAUGAGGAAAUGUGUCGAACAGCCAAGGAUGUUAUUUCUUUUUUUUUCUAUAUCUAUUCAAUCUAUCUUUUUUUUUACAUAAAGUGCAACAAUACAUCAUAACCUUGUUUACAUUCAUUUUCAUUUGAAGCGACAAUAAAAAAAAACGUACAAAGCUGAUGUUUAAGAGAGCACAGGAAUGCAGCGCAA